AUGGCGACCAGCAGUAUCCGCAAGGCCCGCAAAAGCCUCAAGCCGUCUCCCGCGCUAAAUCAACGUCGUGAAGCUCCGCACAUCCCGCAUCACCUCUCCGCUCUCGUUCCACUUCCCUCUCACUCCGCCCCAUGCUGCUGCUGUUGCGCCUUCCUCCCCUGCCCUCUUCCCCCUCCCCCUUCCCUCGCGCACGCGCUCGUCUGUCGCGCUUGGCUCCCGCUUGCCUGCCAAUCUCUCGUUUCCACCUGCCUUCCCGCCGGCGCGGGGCUCCCCCUGCGCGCGGUGCUCCGCCUGCUCCGCCAAUGCGCGGAACUCCGCAGCUUAACAAUCCCCCCGGGGAGCGUUGUAUGGCGGCGGAAGGGGGGAAAGCGGUGUAAGGACGGGGCAGCGUCAGGGGCAGGGGGAGUGAACAGGGGAAAAGGACGAGGGGCGGGAGAAGGCAGAGGGGAAAGGGGAGGAGGCUGGGCGGAGCGGAAAUCAGAGUGGCGCAGGGUAGGUGAAGCAGGGGAAGUCGAUUCCGACGCAGUUGCGCUUGUAGGAGCAGGGGAAGUGUUCUAUACUGAAGCACCAGCAGCAGGAGGGGCAGACAAGGCAGUCGCGGCAGUUGCGGGUAGAGAAGCAGGAAGCGGAACAGGCGGAAGAGAAGGGGGGCAUUGGCGUAUCGGGGGAGAGUUUGGGGGAAAUACGAGUGGAAACGACGGGGUGCGAUGGGGAGGCGAGCAGGCGUGGGGGGAGCAUGGGCAUGGGGCCCAUGGGGGGCCUGGGGGACAUGGGGAAGAGAGCGGGGAGUGGUUGGGUAACGCCAACCUUACCCCUCGCAUCUCUUCCCCUCACCAGAAUUUACCCCAGACGGCACACAGAGGCCCAUGCUCAGUUGCUCCCCUCUCGCUUUCCUCUUCCGCCUCCUCCAGCUCACGCCUUUUGUUCCCCUUUUCCCCCCCUCCUGGAGCAACUCCCUACCCAUACACUCAUGGUAGCCCAUGUAGCCACCCCUUCCCUUCUUCCCCUUCCCCUCCUUCCCCUCCUUUUUCCCCUUCUCUCCCUUCCCCUUCUCCCCUUAGCCCCCCUUCUCCUCCGUUCUCCCCUUCCUCACCUCCCUCCUCCUUCUUCCCUCCUCCUGGUCCUAUCGCAUCCUGCUCUGCUGCCUCCCCCCUGCAUACGCACCUGACGGAUCAUCAGACUCGGAAUCAAAUCUGCAGCCACAGCACAAACCACCAUCACAAGCAGCAUCACAAGCACCACCACCAUACGCCCCGAGACAGCCUAGACCUGUUUUUCACCCGCAUUUCCUCCCUGCCUCUCCUCUCCCACCUCUCCCUCCUCUCCCUCCCUCCCACUUCCCUCACACUGCCCGAUUCCAUCUCAAACCUCUCCUCCCUGCGCGUUCUCCGUCUCGGGCAGCUCGCACGGGCAGCAGCGGAAGAAAUCUCCGGCGGCGUCCCUUUCAGCAGCAGUGCAGCAACGGCUUUUGACCUGGUGGCCCCAGCGGCCCUCCUCCCGUUUUCUCACACCUGA